UUCUCCGGCGCAUGCGUAUUGCGCUAAUCUGUCGCAGUGUCGGCCAAGAGGUGGACGUCCACUGCGAAUCUCCGCUGACGGUGGUCGCUCUGCCCGUCGUGCAGGGCGGGAGAGCAGAGCCGCGGAACGAGGCGGCCCAGGAGUCUUUUUCGCUGUGUCCCGCCGGAAGGCAAGCGCGCUUCCUCCCUUGAGGCGCAGGGACUACUUUCCUUUGCUGGGAGAAUAAAGAAGGUCCGUCCGCGGCGGCACUCCGCCCGGCCUUUACGUCUCCGUCCGCCCCUUCCGCCGCCAUUUCAGGAGCAGCCGCCGCCGCCUGACGGGAUCCUAGUCGCGGCGACCCGGCGCUAGCCGCGCAAGGAGUAGCCGGAGCCAUGGCGGCCUCUGUGGGGAACGUAGCCGACAGCACAGGCCAGCAAGAGGCAUUAUCAGAGGUGAAGGACACAUUUCCCCUAGGCAAAAACACUCAAGGAAGGUGUUAAGCAAGAACCAACGAAACGUAUGCUUUCCUUCCAAGGGCUAGCGGAGUUGGCUCACCGGGAGUAUCAAGCAGGAGACUUCGAAGCAGCUGAGAGGCACUGCAUGCAGCUUUGGAGGCAAGAGCCUGACAACACAGGCGUGCUGUUGUUGCUCUCAUCCAUUCACUUCCAGUGUCGCAGGCUGGACAGGUCUGCUCACUUCAGUACUUUGGCAAUCAAGCAGAACCCACUGCUGGCAGAAGCCUAUUCAAAUCUGGGGAACGUGUACAAGGAACGUGGUCAACUGCAGGAGGCAAUUGAACACUAUCGACAUGCCCUUCGUCUCAAGCCGGACUUCAUUGAUGGAUACAUUAAUCUUGCUGCUGCUUUAGUAGCUGCAGGUGAUAUGGAAGGGGCAGUACAGGCAUAUGUUUCCGCCCUGCAGUACAAUCCUGACUUGUACUGUGUGCGUAGUGACCUGGGGAAUCUGCUCAAAGCCCUGGGUCGCUUGGAAGAAGCCAAGGCCUGUUAUUUGAAGGCAAUUGAGACUCAACCCAAUUUUGCAGUAGCGUGGAGUAACCUUGGCUGUGUGUUCAACGCUCAAGGAGAAAUCUGGCUUGCCAUUCAUCACUUUGAGAAGGCGGUGACCCUUGACCCAAACUUCCUGGAUGCUUACAUCAAUCUGGGGAAUGUCUUGAAGGAGGCACGUAUAUUUGACAGAGCUGUUGCAGCCUAUCUACGAGCCCUUAGUCUGAGUCCAAACCAUGCGGUUGUGCAUGGCAACUUGGCUUGUGUAUAUUACGAACAAGGGCUGAUUGACCUGGCGAUAGAUACCUACAAGCGGGCCAUCGAACUUCAGCCACAUUUCCCUGAUGCAUACUGCAACCUGGCCAAUGCACUCAAGGAGAAAGGCAGUGUUGCUGAAGCAGAGGAAUGUUACAACACAGCUCUUCGUCUGUGUCCCACUCAUGCGGAUUCUCUCAAUAACCUGGCAAAUAUCAAGCGAGAACAAGGAAAUAUUGAGGAAGCAGUUCGCCUGUACCGUAAAGCUCUUGAGGUCUUCCCAGAGUUUGCAGCUGCCCAUUCCAAUUUAGCAAGUGUUUUGCAACAGCAAGGAAAGCUGCAGGAGGCACUCAUGCAUUAUAAGGAGGCAAUCAGAAUCAGCCCCACGUUUGCAGAUGCCUAUUCCAACAUGGGGAACACGUUAAAGGAGAUGCAGGAUGUUCAGGGAGCUUUACAGUGUUACACACGGGCCAUCCAGAUAAACCCUGCCUUUGCUGAUGCCCACAGUAAUCUAGCUUCCAUCCAUAAGGAUUCGGGGAACAUACCAGAGGCCAUUGCGUCGUAUCGUACUGCCCUGAAACUGAAGCCUGAUUUCCCUGAUGCUUAUUGCAACUUGGCACAUUGCUUGCAGAUAGUUUGUGAUUGGACUGAUUAUGAUGAAAGAAUGAAGAAGCUGGUCAGUAUAGUUGCUGACCAGUUGGAGAAGAACAGGCUUCCUUCUGUCCAUCCUCAUCACAGCAUGCUGUACCCAUUGUCUCAUGGUUUUCGAAAGGCUAUCGCUGAGAGACACGGAAACCUGUGCUUGGACAAGAUCAAUGUGCUUCACAAGCCACCAUAUGAACAUCCCAAGGACUUGAAGGCCAGUGAAGGUCGACUCCGUGUGGGCUACGUGAGCUCUGACUUUGGGAAUCAUCCCACCUCUCAUCUCAUGCAGUCGAUCCCGGGCAUGCACAACCCAGACAAAUUUGAGGUAUUCUGCUAUGCCCUCAGCCCUGAUGAUGGCACAAACUUCCGAGUAAAGGUGAUGGCUGAAGCAAAUCACUUUAUUGACUUAUCUCAGGUCCCAUGCAAUGGAAAGGCAGCUGACCGUAUCCACCAAGAUGGCAUACAUAUCCUUAUCAAUAUGAAUGGCUACACCAAAGGAGCCCGCAAUGAGCUGUUUGCCCUCAGAUCAGCCCCAAUACAGGCUAUGUGGCUGGGCUAUCCUGGAACCAGCGGGGCAUUGUUCAUGGAUUAUAUUAUCACAGACAAAGAAACUUCCCCCGCUGAAGUGGCUGAGCAGUACUCUGAAAAACUGGCUUACAUGCCAAAUACAUUUUUCAUUGGAGAUCAUGCCAACAUGUUCCCACACCUCAAGAAAAAAGCAGUCAUUGACUUCAAAUCCAAUGGCCAUAUAUAUGACAACAGAAUUGUUUUAAAUGGCAUUGACCUGAAGGCAUUCCUUGACAGCCUGCCUGAUGUGAAAAUAGUUAAGAUGAAAUGCCCUGAUGGGGGAGACAAUGCUGACAGCAGUGCCGGACUCAGCAUGCCUGUCAUUCCUAUGAAUACAAUUGCAGAGGCUGUGAUUGACAUGAUAAAUCGUGGACAAAUCCAAAUAACGAUCAAUGGAUUCAACAUUAGCAAUGGACUAGCAACUACCCAGAUCAACAACAAGGCAGCAACAGGUGAAGAGGUUCCACGCACCAUCAUUGUUACUACUCGCUCCCAGUAUGGACUGCCAGAAGAUUCUGUUGUGUAUUGUAACUUCAAUCAGCUUUAUAAGAUUGACCCUUCCACUCUACAGAUGUGGGCCAAUAUCUUGAAACGUGUCCCAAACAGUGUGUUGUGGCUCCUGCGUUUCCCAGCUGUUGGAGAACCAAAUAUUCAACAGUAUGCACAGAACAUGGGCCUCCCCCAGAACCGCAUUAUCUUCUCUCCAGUUGCCCCCAAAGAAGAACAUGUGAGGAGGGGCCAACUGGCUGAUGUCUGUCUAGAUACUCCACUUUGUAAUGGCCACACCACAGGGAUGGAUGUGCUCUGGGCUGGAACCCCAAUGGUUACCAUGCCAGGAGAGACCCUUGCUUCCCGAGUUGCUGCCUCCCAACUUACUUGCCUCGGCUGUCCUGAGCUCAUUGCGAAGAGUAGACAGGAAUAUGAAGAUACCGCUGUAAAACUGGGAACUGAUCUAGAAUACCUGAAGAAAAUACGUGGGAAGGUCUGGAAGCAAAGAAUAUCCAGCCCCCUGUUCAACACAAAGCAGUACACAAUGGAACUAGAGCGGCUUUAUCUUCAGAUGUGGGAUCACUUUGCAGCUGGCAACAAACCAGACCACAUCAUUAAGUCCAUAGAAAGUGGUGAAUCUGCCUAAAUUACUGAAGCCAUGAGAGAAACCCUUCAGAAAAUGUCCCCAAUUCCUGAGCAGAGGCAAAGGGGAGCAAGGACUCCAUCUCUGCCUGGUACUCUGUAGCGGAUAUGAUCUAAUGGUAGUGAUUGGAGAGCACAGCUGGACUUGUCUCCUGCAUGAUGGGGAGAUGCGGGACUUCAUAUACCAUGAAGAAUUUGCAGUUGACCUGCGUGGCUCUGGUGUGUCUCUACAGGACCUGCUUUCACAGUGGAAGGUGUGAAAUGGCCAGGCAGCUGUGAUUUCAUGGAUUGAUUCAUUUUUCCUGUGAAAUAGAUUUUUCUCCUCCUACAUGGAUUUGGAGCUUUUAAAAAAAAAAUUGGUUUUCAGGUAUUCCUGUUGGUUCAUACGUGAGGCUCCUCUAACAAGGUUUCAAGCUAGUGCGUGUUGCUCCUCCCCAAGUUAUUUUUCUGAGCUCUACAGAAUGAAAUGGCAUCUCUGCUGCUGGUGAAGCUUUUUAUGGGUUUUAUAAACCACUUGAGCCUACAUCAGCCUUAUUAACAUUUGACUUCUCACUUGGGCUUUUCUGUCCGUGUUGGCUUAGAUGAAGAUUUUUUUUAAAGCUUCAUCUAUCAAUUAACUUCAAGGUGGCACCCCUUCUCUACAGAAAAAGUAAAUUCAAUUUAAAAUGUAAACUCUCCCAAUCUCUCCCUGAAAUAUGUGGAGAAAACACAACCUGCUGCCAAAAUGCAUAUCCUGCAGGAAUGAUGUUAAAUUAUGUACAGAGAUGCAGGCCUAGCCACUGUAGCAACGACUUAACAAAAAUAAAGCUUUGGUUUGCCCAGGUUGACCUAUUGGA